AUGUCAGCAAGUUCCUCCGAUUUCAAGCCUUUGUUAAGUCAAAGUGUCGGAUAUGGAGUCGUUGUCGGAGUGGGGUUUUUCUUUGCGGGAGUGAUGCUCAUCCUGACAUACUUGCAAUCGCGAUACACUGAUAUGUCACCUGGGUCUUCUGAGGAGUUUACGAGUGCAUCUCGGAACGUGAAGCCUGGGCUGGUUUGUUGUGGCAUUGUAAGCGCCUGGACAUGGAGUGCGACGCUUUUGCAAUCGAGCACGGCCGCGUACACUUUUGGUAUCAGUGGACCUUGGUGGUAUGGUGUUGGCGGGACCAUCCAAUUAGCUAUUUUUGGGAUGGUCGCCGCAAAAGUCAAAAUGAACGCAAAUGGCGCGCACACUUUCCUUGAAAUUGUCCAAGUGCGAUUCGGGACUGGACCCCAUCUCUUGUUCACAUUCUACGGAUUUCUAUGCAAUCUUGUCGUAUGCGGGUCCUUGCUACUGGGCGGAUCGGCUACAGUCACUGCGUUGACGGGAAUGAAUACCGAUGCUGCGUGUAUGUUACUUCCGAUCGGCAUCGCUGUCUAUGUCCUUGUGGGAGGGUUGCGAGCGACAUUCAUAUGCGACUGGAGCCACACAGUGAUCUUAUUCGUAAUUAUAUAUAUUGUAGAACCGUUCAGUGGCACCUCACAAGAGACUGAAGGGGUCUCAGGCUUAUAUGAUCUCCUUCAAGCUGCAGCGGUCACUACUCCUGUAGAGGGUAAUCAGAAUGGAAGCUACUUGACAAUGAAGAGCAAUCAAGGACUUGUAUUUGGAGCUGCAACUAUCCUCAGUGGCUUUGCAGGAAUAUUCUGCGAUCAAGGCUAUUGGCAACGCUCAAUCGCGAGCCACCCUACUUCGACUACAAAAGCAUACAUGUUAGGGGGCUUAUCUUGGUUUGCUGUGCCAUUCGCAUUCGCUUCCUGUCUAGGUCUCGCUGCUCGGGGGCUCAUCAAUAACCCAAAAUUCCCUACGUACCCCAGCCCGCUAUCUGCUUCUCAGACAAGUGCAGGACUCGCAGCUCCUGCUGCUGCCGCAGUUCUUAUGGGGAAGGGCGGAGCCGUAGCCGUGCUGUUGGUCGUAUUUAUGGCAGUCACUUCAGCUGCGAGUGCGGAACUGAUUGGAGUUUCUAGUCUCUUAUUGAUUCAAUCGCAAACGAUACAUUUUUACAGCAUAUACCGAACAUAUUUCCGGCCAAACGCAAAAGGACCUGAGAUUGUCAAAGUAUCCCAUUAUUUCAUCUGCUUUUGGGCAGUCUGGAUGGGUGCAUGGGCCGUAAUUCUCAACAAAGUAGGAGUGGACCUAGGCUGGCUAUUUUACGUCCAAGGAGUUGUGCUCAGCCCUGCAGUCAUUCCUGUUGCGCUGACGGUGUCAUGGAGCAAACUGACGAAGCCUGCUGUAAUUUUGGGUCCUAUACUAGGGGCUAUACUCGGAAUGGCAGCAUGGAUGAUCGGGUGUUGGAAGAUUCUUGGUAGUAUCAAUAUCACCAAUCUUGCAAACCCAUAUUCUGCUGUAUGUAGCGGACUGACCGGAUUGCUGUUUUCUGGAAUAAUCACAGUUGGACUGUCGCUCUGCAAACCUGCAAAUUAUGAUUUCAAAGGGACUAGAGCAAUUGUUAAUCUGGAUGGCACGGACACAAGUAGCUCAGAUGACGAGAAAACAGAAGAGGGUCACGGUGAAGUUAAUGCUAUUGAUGUUGUCAAUCGCGAAGUCAUAGUUUUGGUGGAUGGGAACGUGGUGGAUGUUUUUGUCCUCAAAGAGGGCUUUAAGCGAGCUGCAUGGUAUUCAUUGGCCUUGACACUCAUCGUCACUAUAGCAGUUCCCUUGCCAAUGUUUUUCUCCCAUUAUGUAUACAGCAAACCUUUCUAUACCUUCUGGGUUUCGGUUAGUAUUAUCUGGGUUCUUCUGAGUGGAAUUUUCUCUGUGCUUCUCCCCGUUUGGGAAUCAAGGCAAGAGAUGUUUGACAUCAUCGUAGGUGUUAACAAAUCCUUGCGUAGAAGUAAAGGUACCAUAGUACGAGCCUAA